CCCUCAAACAAGAGCAUAUGUUAAAGGUAUAAUAAUUCUAUAAUUUCAGUGGGAGAAGACAACGUGAAUUUUAAUUUGAAAAAUGCAGGCUUUAAUGCCCGAACCUCAAAUUUAUGUUGAAAGAACCUUGGCAAUCAUCAAGCCAGAUGUUAUCAACAAAGAAGUAGAAAUAGAAGAUAUAAUUCUCAGAUCAGGAUUUACUAUUGUUCAGAAAAGGAAGCUUCACCUAAGUCCAGAGCAAUGUAGCAACUUCUAUGUAGAACAGUAUGGGAAAAUGUUCUUUCCAAAUCUGACAGCUUACAUGAGUUCUGGACCUUUAGUUGCAAUGGUUCUUGCUCGGCAAAAGGCAAUCUCAUACUGGAAGGAACUUCUUGGACCCUCAAGUAGUAUAGUAGCUAAGGAAACACAUCCUGACUGUUUAAGAGCAAUCUAUGGAACAGAUGAUCUGAGAAAUGGACUUCAUGGUAGUGCCAACUUUUCCUCAGCUGAAAGAGAAAUCCGGUUCAUGUUUCCUGAAGUAUUUAUUGAACCAAUUCCAACUGGGCAAGCUGCUAAAGAUUACCUUAACUUAUAUGUCAUACCUACUCUACUGAAAGGACUUACAGCGCUGUCUAAGAAGAAACCAGCAGAUCCUUUUAUAUGGCUGGCUGAUUGGCUAAUCGAAAAUAAUCCAAAUACACCUAAGUUGCGGCAGAAUGUGAUUGUGGAGGAACCUUAAGAGAAGAGACUGCUAGUUAAAUCUUAACCAAUUUCCUGCAAGUAUCACAAGUUGUAAUUUUAAAAUCAUUUUUAUAUUGAGAAAUACUACUAAUUGGAAUUUGUAGAUAUAAGAGUCAAAUAUACAUAUUUAGAUCUUAAACUAAUAAAGAGUAUUUGUUGCAAUUAAAA